AUGGAAGGAAGUGUUGCCCUGAGAUUUCAACCCAAAAUAACUAGUACACCAGUUUCUUGUAGACGAGCCUCCUUCGCACGCGCGGUGCGGUCUAUAGCCGAGCGGACGCGCAUCGAGUCGGCGCUGACCCUACGCUGGCAGGCGUCGGCGCUUGACUGCCUUCAGGAGGCCGUCGAGGGCUUCCUCGUGGACCUCUUCUCGAACGUGGCAAUGGCGGCUGCCCACGCGAACCACGUCACCGUGAAGCUUGUGGAUCUCCAUCUUUUCUGCAGGUUCACCCAUUUUCUUCAGUAA